UUGGAGAAAUACCUAGAUAGUUUACUUAUAUAAUCGACGUGACGGUAACGUUGUGGAGUCUUUACAAUGAAUGGUAAAGACACAGAAACCAGUGAAUUACAGCCGGAAACGAAGAAGUACGAAGAUUUUAUAGAUCUUAUCGGGGGAUUUAGAAAAUGGCAAAAGACAUUAUUUUUUAUUUUGAUCUGUAUUUGUUUUACAUCAGCGAUAAACAACAUGAAUUGGACUUUCUUAGCACCCAGGAUCGAUUAUUGGUGCGCGAGACCUCCAAAAUACUUUAACUUAUCGGUAGAAGAAUGGAAAAACAUCAGCGCUCCCACAGAAAUAAAAAAAGGUAAAAUUGUGCAUAGCCAAUGCCAAGUUUACGAACUUGAUACGAAAAAUGAGAAUUUGUCGACGAUUCCGUGCUCUUCGUGGGAAUACGAUCAUUCAGUGUUUAAAUCAAGCAUCAUCGAAAAGUGGAAUUUAGUUUGCGAUGAUUACUGGAUGGCUUCUUUCGCCGGAUCUUCUUACUUCAUGGGACUAUUUGUAUCCGCUAUUAUCAUUGGUCACCUUUCUGAUAGAUAUGGAAGACGACCGGUAAUCAUUUUCGGCAUUAUCCUUCAUAUUUUAUCUGGAUUGUUGUGCACCAUCUCGCCAUUCUAUUGGAUGUUCACUGUGUGUCGAUUCCUUAUAGCAGUGGGAAAAAAUGCUUAUGGUCUUGCUUAUUUUGUAUAUGUAUUAGAAGUGGUUGGACCGAAUUAUCGUGAAAAUGUAUUUGUUGUUGCCGGUUUGUCUUAUACCACUGGAAUGCUCACGCUGGUAGGAGUAUCUUGGUUAUUGAAGGACUGGUUUUACAUUCAAUUAUAUUGCUCGUUGCCUCCCUUUAUACUGCUACUGCUUACUAGAUUUAUUCCAGAGUCUCCAAGGUGGUUGCUAGCCCAAGGAAAACUGCAUAAAGCUGAAGAAGUCAUAGAACGAAUAAUGAGGACAAAUAAAAUACAGAUUGUCGGCUUAACUGAAAUUAUUUCAGAACUACAUUUUAAAAUUAAAUUGGGCGAUAAGAAAGUCAGACGGAAUUUCUUAGACCUAUUCAAAAAACGAGGACUAAGGAAAAUAACGUUUAUCACUCCUAUCAUGUGCCGGAAACGAAGAACGAUAAACAACAUGAAUUGGACUUUCUUAGCACCCAGGAUCGAUUAUUGGUGCGCGAGACCUCCAAAAUACUUUAACUUAUCGGUAGAAGAAUGGAAAAAUAUCAGCGCUCCCACAGAAAUAAAGAAAGGUAAAAUUGUGCAUAGCCAAUGCCAAGUUUAUGAACUUGAUACGAAAGAUGUGAAUUUGUCGUCGAUUCCGUGCUCUUCGUGUGAAUACGAUCAUUCAGUGUUUAAAUCAAGCAUCAUCGAAAAGUGGAAUUUAGUUUGCGAUGAUUACUGGAUGGCUUCGUUCGCCGGAUCUUCUUACUUCAUGGGACUAUUUGUAUCCGCUCUUAUCAUUGGUCAGCUUUCUGAUAGAUAUGGAAGACGACCGGUAAUCAUUUUCGGCAUUAUCCUUCACAUUUUAUCUGGAUUGCUGUGCACCAUCUCGCCAUUCUAUUGGAUGUUCACUGCGUGUCGAUUCCUUACAGCAGUGGGAAAAAAUGCUUAUGGUCUCGCUUAUUUUGUAUAUGUAUUAGAAGUGGUUGGACCGAAUUAUCGUGAAAAUGUAUUUGUUGUUGCCGGUUUGUCUUAUACCACUGGAAUGCUCACGCUGGUAGGAGUAUCUUGGUUAUUGAAGGACUGGUUUUACAUUCAAUUAUAUUGCUCGUUGCCUCCCUUUAUACUGCUACUGCUUACUAGAUUUAUUCCAGAGUCUCCAAGGUGGUUGCUAGCCCAAGGAAAACUGCAUAAAGCUGAAGAAGUCAUAGAACGAAUAAUGAGGACAAAUAAAAUACAGAUUGUCGGCUUAACUGAAAUUGUUUCAGAACUACACUUUAAAAUUAAAUUGAGUGUCAAGGUCGAUUGGAAACUCCCUUUUAUUAUCAUAGGAGUGUUGAUGAUUAUAACAGGAUUCAGUGUUAUUCCUUUACCGGAAACAAAAAAUACACGUUUGAAAGACACCAUCCAGCAUUUUACUCCCGAGUCUCCAAGAUGGCUCCUAACUCACGGUAGAUUACGUAAAGCCGAAAAAGUUAUACGUAACAUAAUGAAAAUGAAUAAAAUGCAUGCGGAAGAUUUAACCGAAAUUAUCGAAGAACUUUAUUGGAAAAUUAAAACGAAGAUGAUAAUCGGGAUGAUGGCAUGGUGUAUUAUUGUUUCGACAUUAAACAAUUUAAAUUGGCCAUUCUUGGCGUACAAGGUGGAUUAUUGGUGCGCGAGAACACCGAAAUACGUGAACUUGACCGUGGAAGAGUGGAAAAAUAUCAGCGCACCCCUGGAAAUCAGAAACGGGAGAACAACGCAUAGUCGAUGUGAAGUAUACGAUAUUGACGAUAUCAAAUAUGGAAAGAACUUUUCAAAGAUUCCUUGUCGCUCGUGGGAAUACGAUCAUUCACGAUACAAAAGUAGUGUCAUUGAAAAGUGGAAUUUAGUUUGUGAAAGUUCUUGGUUAAGUUCUCUCGCUGGUUCUUCUUUCUUCGUGGGAUUCCUCGUGUCCGCUAUUGUAUCUGGACAGAUAUCCGAUAGACAUGGAAGAAGACCAGUGAUAAUAUCCGGACUUGUGUUUCAUAUAAUCUUUGGAAUUCUUUGUUCAUUUUCUCCAUAUUACUGGAUGUUUACUGUAUCUCGUUUCUUCUUGUCUAUAGGAAUCACAGCAUCUAAUCUGACGUUGUAUGUAUAUGUUAUGGAAGUGAUUGGACCAACACACAGAGAAAAAGGCAUAGUAACUAUUUGUUUCUCUUUUGGUAUUGGGUUGCUUAUACUUUCCGGAAUAUCUUGGUUUCUCAACGAUUGGACUUAUAUUCAGUUAUGCAGCACUUUGCCAUCAAUUCUAUUACUCGCAUUCAUCAGUUUUACUCCCGAGUCUCCAAGAUGGCUCCUAACUCACGGUAGACUACGUAAAGCCGAAAAAGUUAUACGUAACAUAAUGAAAAUGAAUAAAAUGCAUGCGGAAGAUUUAACCGAAAUUAUCGAAGAACUUUAUUGUAAAAUUAAAACGAACCAGAAGAAGAGGAAAAUGAACUUUUUGCACUUGAUCAGGAAUAAAGACUUACGCAAGAUUACUUUCAUCAUGUACAUUUUAUGGUUUGUAAUAAUAUUUGACGCCUACUCAUUAGCAUUGAAUGCAGACAUCACAGGAGGAAACAUCUUUCUUUUUUUUGUUUUAUUUUCCUCAUUACAAUAUUGUGUUUCUGGUGUUUUGAACAUUAUUUUACCUCGCUUUGGAAGAAGACGUAUUUUGAUGUUUGGAUACCUUUUAGUGGGCAUCACUUCGUUACUCAUUACUGCUGUUCCAAACGAUCUUAUAUGGCUGAGGAUUGUUUUCGUAGUGUUAAGCAGAUGCUGCGUGUCUAUUGUAAUAAACACAAUAUAUGGAUUUACUUUAGAAUUGUACCCGACUGUAGUUCGUAACGUGGGUAUCGGAUCGUGUUCCACAGUUUCCAGAAUUGGAGCGAUUGCUGCACCUUUUAUGAAAGAUCUCAGUGAAAAGGUGUACUGGAGUAUUCCCUUUAUUAUAAUAGGUGUAUUGACUCUUUCGUCUGGUUUGUUAAUUUUGCCUUUACCCGAGACCAAAAGUAUUCGUUUAAACGAUACCAUUAUCAAUACAACAGAAGUUGAAGAGGAACAUAAAAUUAAUCAAGAAGAAUGAGAAAAUAAUGCGGUUUGAAACUGGAAUAAUUAGAAAAUAAACGUAUUAGUGCUUCGAGAAUUUAACUAGAUUUCACUAUAAAAAUUUCAACGAAGUUUACGAUAAUUUUAAGAAAGCUUUUAAUAGCAGUUAUACUCAAGAGAAAAGUACUUGAUGUUAAAAAUGCACACUAAAUAUUGCAUGAGGAAAACUGCAUU